AUGGUCUAUGAUUAUUUUGAAUUGAGGAUGUGGGUGUGUGUUUCAGAUGUUUUUGAUGUCAAAAUAAUUGUAGAAAACAUUAUCAAAUCUAUAACUGGCCAAGCACCAGAUCAAAAUCUCGAAAUGGACCAAUUGCAAAAACAACUUCGAGAUAAAAUUGGUGGAAAAAAAUAUUUGCUUGUGUUGGAUGACAUUUGGAAUGAAGAAAGGGAAGAAUGGGUUAGUUUAAAAGAGUUAUUGGUAGGAGGGGCUAAAGGAAGUAGGAUAAUAGUAACUACUCGCUCUUUUAAGGUAGCCAAGGUCACUAGUAAAUGUCAGCCUCAUGUUCUAAAAGGCUUGUCUGAUGACGAUGCUUGGUCUUUGUUCAAAGAAAUAGCAUUUGAGCAAAGAUAUGCAGACUUAACAAAUUCAGCCUUUGUGGAAAUAGGAAAACAGAUUUUGGAAAGGUGUAGUGGGGUUCCCUUAGUCAUAAAGGCGAUAGCAAGUACAUUAUCUUACAAAGAAACUGAAAAGGAGUGGUCUUCUUUCAAAGAUAAUGAACUUGUUACAAUAUCGCAGAAUGAUGGUAAAAUUCUAUCUACACUUAAGUUGAGCUAUGAUAAUCUCCCUUCCCAUUUGAAGCAUUGUUUUGCUUAUUGCCGACUGUAUCCAAAAGAUCAUCAAAUUCAUGUAAAGACUCUUAUUCAAUUUUGGAUUGCACAAGGUUUCAUAAAACAAUUGAAUCCAAGUCAAUCUUUUCAGGAGAUCGGGUUUGGGUAUUUUAAAGAUUUAGUUGAGAGAAGUUUCUUUCAAGAGGUAGGAAAAAGAUAUCCGAGGGAAGGAUUAAGAUGUGAAAUGCAUGAUUUAAUGCAUGAUCGAUAUCCAGGGGAAGGACUAACAUGUAAAAUGCAUGAUCUAAUGCAUGAUCUAGCUGAAUCAGUAGCAGGGACUGAGAGUAGUAUUGUAGAUUCAAAUAAAAUUGCAAGUAAGGCUGGUGAAAAAUGUCGCCACGUAUCAAUUAAUCCUUCAUUAAUACAUUUACUUAAGGAAAAAAAGUUACGAACCUUGUUACAUUUUUCACACUGGACACCUCAAAAUUUCAGGAAUGAAAUUUGGGAUUUGAUAAUUGCAAAUUGUAAAUACUUGCGUGUAUUGAAAUUAGAUUUAGUAAAUUUUAAAACGGUUCCACACUCCAUUUACAAGUUGAAACAUUUGAGGUAUCUUGAUCUUUCUUCCAAUUUCUCUCUUAAGAUUCUCCCACAGAGUAUUUGCAAGAUUCAGAAUUUGCUAGCGCUGAAACUUGACUGCUGUUCUCGGCUUCAAGAAUUGCCAAAGAAGAUGGAAAAAUUGGUGAAUCUUACCCAUCUUGCGUGUCGUGGUUGUAGUGAUUUAACUCAUAUGCCACGUGGAAUAGGAAAGCUGAGUUCCCUUGAAACGUUAAGUAUGUUUGUAGUGGAUAAAGAUGGGUCCCACGGCGGUGCAGAUCUAAGUGAAUUGAGUGGGCUUAACAAUUUAAGGGAAGACCUAACAAUAAAAAAUUUGGGAUUCGUACAAAAUGCAAAAGAGAAGUUUAAGGCUGCUAAUUUGAAAGAGAAGCAACGUUUGAGAUUGUUGGUUUUAGAAUGGAAUGGUGAUAACGAUGAUGAUGACAAGUCACUUGAAGACCUCCAGCCCCAUCCUAAUCUCAAGGAGCUCUGUAUUCGAGGAUGGAGGGGUGAUGCCAAGUUUCCAAGUUGGAUUUCUUUGCUCACAAAUCUCGUCGAUAUUUCCAUAUAUGGUCCUAGUAAAUUCAAACAUCUCCCAUCUUUUGCUCAAUUUCCUUUUCUUCAACAGCUGAAGAUAUUUGAUUUAACUGAGCUGGAGUGCAUGGAUGAUAAUGGCCCAAAAGGAAGUCAAGGAGAAUCAGAAUCAUUCUUCCCAUCGCUCAAGUAUCUUCGCCUACAUAAUUGCCCAAAUAUGAAGAGUUGGUGGCGGAAAAGGUCGAUUGAUGAUUCCAACGAGGACGACACAACAGUUAUGGGAACAUCAACCAUGGCAUUUCCUUGUCUUUCCUCUUUAAUAAUUCAAAAUUGCCCUUUGACUUUGAUGCCACUGUAUCCAUCACUCGAUGAAGAUCUAUUGUUGGCGAAUACCAGUUCAAGGCCGUUAAAGCAGACCAUCAAGAUGAACAUCACCAGUAUAUCACGACCAACUUCAACCCCUUCUCUUCCUCUCUCCAAAUUGAAAGGUUUCCAUGUAGCCAAGAUUGAGGGAUUGGACACUCACAUGCUAGAUGAGUCCUUGCAACUUUUCACCGGCCUCAAGAAAUUAAGAAUAAAAGAUUGCAAGGAGGUUGAUUUAGAGGGCAUGCAAUGGGAAGCCCUUAAGAAUCUCUCUUAUUUGGAGAUUGCAAAUUUUCCACAGAUGGUGUCUCUCCCCCUUGGACUUCAACAUCUUGUUCAAUUGAAAAGAUUAAAGAUUAUUAAUUGCAGUGGAUUGAGGUCACUCUUUCCUGUGCUCCAACAUCUCACUUUCCUUGAAGAGUUUGAAGCAAAGGACUGCAAGGAGCUGAAGCUAUCAGCAGCUGAAAUCCAAAUAUUCCAAGAUCAUAUCAGAAGCUGGAGAAUAUUGCGUCGUCGUGUCAACAGCUAA